AUGGAUCCUUUCUCUUUGACGGCAGGCGCCCUCCAGAUAGCUGGCGCCUGUGCACAAUGCACGGUGACUAUCAUCAAAUGGGUUGGAGACGUUCGGACUGUUGAUGCUCGCAUAUCGUCCUUUUGUGACGAGGUCGCUGCCCUUCAGGCCACUUACGAAGGACUGGAGCGAAGUUUGAGCUCGCCAUUAAUGGCGGAGGCUGCUCGUGUGGCCAAUCAGACCUCGGAUGGUGCGCAUCUCUGGACACAGAUCAAAGAGGCGCUCAACGAUUCCAAGCGAACUAUGCGAAGAGUGAACGACGUUCUGACCAACAUAGCCAGGACCUCAGGAUUUGGUCGGCGUGUCAAAACCCAGCUACAGGAAUCGUUGGCAUCGGGUGAGCUCUCCCGACUCCGUCAGCGGAUUCAGUUCUUCAAUUCUGCCCUUUCCCUUCCGAUUCAGAUGGUCUGCGUCAUGCUUCAACUCGAACAGAGGGGUAUGACGGUCGAAAGUCAAUCAGCCCUAGACACGAAGCUUGUGUCACUUGAGAGAACAAUGAGAGAGCUUGUCCGAUCCUUGACUGUGCCAGCUCGUUCUCAGACCCUGGGUGGCUCCACGGUUGUUGCUGCCGAAUCAGAGUCUCUGGCCGGGAAUGAAGGCAUGGACACGUAUAUAGCGUUUGCUAAGAAAUUCCUGUCAACAGCCUCCGCUGCGGCAAGCACCCGAUCCUCAUUAAGCACAAUAUCUCAGCCUUUGGAUCAUGGCGCAUUACUCGAACCUCGGCGGCAAUCGAUCCCAGAUGAUCCGUUGCCUAGCGAGCACAGAGCUAGAGUCGCAGGAUGGAUCUGCUCACCAUCCGCAAAUGAAGACUUUGCGAAUGGAAGAAGAAGACCUGCCGUAACGCCUCUGGUCGACGUGACCAAUACAGCAAGCACCGAAGACGACUUGGAGGUCGAGUUCCUGCGAACCAAGAGACACUUGAAGCUGGGUCAGGAUAGAGUUGAGCAAAACAAUCACUCCGGAGCCGAGACGCAUUUCCGUAAAGCGCUUGCGCUCAUGGAGAGUCAUGACUUCGAGGGAAGAAUAUCGCUCCAACCCGCCGAAGUCAUCUUGCUACUUGCCGAAACCUGUCUCAAGCAGGAUAAACUUGACGAAGCUAUCGCUCUGCUUGAACCUGUCGCCGAAAUGCGAAGUGAUGUCUUCCCUAGUGACUCCAAGGGAAAAUCACAUACCGAUUACAAGAAUGCGGCAUCCAAUGCUCCAGACAAGCUGCAAGCGUUGGCUGCCAGUCAUAUGCUGGCACAGGUCUUCCUUAUGAAAUCAGAUCAUGAUUCCGCCGAAGAACAUGCGUUGAAGGCAUUCACCGAUCGCAGGAAAGAGCUUGGUGCGGCUGACGAGAAAACGAUCGAAUCAGUUCAACUGGUCAUAGAUGUCUAUCGUGCCCAAGGCGAUGAAGAGGAAGCCGAAGGAUAUGAAAUCUUUCUGGCCCCUGAACAAAAGCCACAGAUCACUACUAGCCCAGUACAGGUCAUGAUUCCACAGGAUAUUCCACGAUCGGCACCAAUCACAGUUUCACCUCAACAGAUCUCAUCCAUGCCAAUGAACAGAAACAGUAGGUCAAGUUUUGCGCAAAGGCUUCGACAUUUCGGAAAAUCAUCCCAAUCCAGUCUUGCACAAUCGCCACCAAUUACCGACCUCCACCGAUUGUCCAUUUCGCGGUCUACAACUUUGAACGACCCAUCGGAUGCCGAUGUUUUUGGCGGCCGCGCUGAAGGAGUCCGAGGAUUGAGUUCGCCCUCGGAAACUUCGACACAUGGAAGAAGUCUUUCGAUCAACGACGAUGAUUAUAUGACACCACCAUCUAUUGCCAGGCUAGAAAGGUCGAGCUCGAGUAGAUCUAUCGAGCCGACUUUCCUCGCUGUCUCUCAAUUAUGCCUGGAAAGAAAGUAUGAUAAAGCCGUCAAAGUUGCCAUGGCUUUCCUGAACACUUAUCAAUCGCAUGUCAUGAUCGUUCGAAAAGCAGAGAUCGAGAAGAAUAUCCGCAAAGGCCUUGGAGGCGGUCUAGCAAGCACGGGCCGAGGCUACGGCGCCAUUCACUACUUUUGUGAGCUUAAAGAAGAACAUCCGGAGGAGGUAAAUCUUCUGAUCAAGCAAGGGGUUGAUGUUAAUGCCGUUGCAUACCAAGCAGGCUAUACUGCCGAAAGCCCAAAAGGGGCUUUUACACCACUACAACAGGCAGUAGAACGAGGCUACUCCACCAUAACUAGUCUACUACUCGCGAUCCCCGGUAUCAUGACAGAUGUCAGAGAUGGAGAAGGUUUGACUCCGUUGAUGGUGGCGUGCCGAAAAGGCCACUACGAUAUCGUCAAACAAUUAUUGGUCUUCCCCCUUCCGUCAACGUUUCCACAGACAUGGUACGGCAACUGUUUGAUCCACGACGCCGCGCGGAGGUGUGAUGCAGAACUGGUCGAAAUGCUAUUGGAAGUAACGCCAGAUCUGGAUUCUCGAGACCGGUUUGGGAAGACCGCAUUAAUGCAUGCCAUCAUGAAGAUUGACAUCAGUGACCUUUUUGAGCGACGGAAGCGCAGCGUUGGACGCUUGAGGACCGUGCAGGUUCUUCUCGAGGCCGGGGCUGAUCCAACAUUACGAGAUCAUGUGUCUGGGAUGUCAAUACGAGACUAUGCCAUGAAGGAAACGGAUGAUGAAUUAACGAAUUUGUUGGACCGAGUGCCUAGGAGAGGUGUAAGUGAGCUUUUGGCCUGA